AGGUGUAAUGAAUGAAUAUACAGGGCUGAGUGUGCCUUUGAACUGGCAGAAAGCAAAAUAAGGCACUUCACCCCCGGCUAUGAUAUGCAUUGUAGACAUACAAACUGUAAAUUUGUGUUAUGCAAAAGUGUUAUACCGAGCAGGGAAUUGGCAGAAUAACAUGCAUGUAUUAAUUUUCAGAUUUGAAAAUGUGAUAUUGUGGUGAUCAGUUGGUGCACUGGAUCGAGAGUGACUACGGAGUGAUGCGCCCUAUCAGAGGGACGGAAGAGAGGCAAAAGAUGGGGAAAAUGUAACAGUGAAACGUUUUCAGAGCAUGUACUGGCGGAUUUCAAAUCAUGGAGAUUUACCGAGUAUGAUUGGUGUCCAGGCAUCGAGAACCAUGUCUAAGCCAGCUUCAUCGACGUCGGCUGUCCUCAUAACUUUCUCCUUAUUCUUGAUUGGUUAUAUUCAUUGUUUCCCGCAUGUUCUGUCGAUGAAAAGGGGACAAUCCAACUCUAUGAAAAACAAAGCCAAAUACAAGAUACCUCCUCCUAUUACGGGUGAGAUUAUAGCGCCUCGCGUGGUCGAACUAAUGCUGGUCCUACAUCACGAUCUAUCCCGUUACCAUGGAGACGACACGAUAAACUACAUCACACAUAUUUCAAAUCAGGCAGCUGAUCUAUGGAAUGACGUAACAAGACUUGGUGUGAAAAUUGAAAUUAGGAUUACAAAGACUAUCCUACUUAAGGAUGAGAAGGAAUCGUUAUUACCCAUCGAAGCCGAUGCAAAUCAUCUUCUCAGAAAGUUUUGCAAGGAUUGGCAGAAUGAUAGGAGGUACCGAUAUGGAGAGGAGUUUGAUGCUCUGAUUCUUAUCACAAGAGAAGACCUUCAUGUCGAUAAUAACUAUAAUGCCACGGGGCUAGCCUACAUACAUGGGGCUUGUGAAACGGGCUACCAGUGCGCUGUCAUCGAAGACACUAGCCCCAUGGGCACAACAAUAACAAUAUCCCAUGAACUAGGACACUUACUUGGUAUGUAUCAUGAUGGUGAGUUUAAUGGAUGUAUAGAUCGGAUGAACAUAAUGAGUGGUUACACUGUAAGUGGAGCCCAGUCGGUCACAUGGUCUACCUGCAGUACCAAGUCCCUCUUGGAAUAUCUCAAAUUGCCACGAUCUCGAUGUUUGCAGAACCGAACUGCCAAGAGUUCUUAUCAGUUGACCACUUCUACUUUCCCAGGCCAGUACUAUGAUAUAGAUCAUCAGUGCCAGAUCGCACUGAGAAGGGGUGCUGUAGCUUGCCCGACGGGAAAGAGAGAGAAUCUUUGCCAGCAUUUGAAAUGUUUACAGCCGUCAAAGAUGAGAUGUGUCAAGACUAACCGGCCUCCGCUUGACGGGACACCAUGUGCAAUAAACAAGUGGUGCUAUCGGGGACAAUGCACAGAUAAACAACUUCGGCAGAAGAGGCAGGGAACAAAGCUAAUUGCUAUGGAAACGACCACACCCAUGAUCGGAGACACGCCUUCAAUGAAAUCAACAGUGGCAACAAUGUUGGCUACGAAGACCAGGAAUCGGCCGAAACAACAUUUAUAGAACUUAAAAUUGUCAUGAUUGUUUCAUCAAUUAAACUAUGUUUCAUUGUAUUAAAAGCAUAAAGCAAUGCUAAAUUGCCACUGUUAAUUCCAACUUUGUCUACUUGCCAUCUGGCCUCAUCCCACAUGGUCUAAAGCCCAGCGCAUACUAUGCAACGCGAUUGCACCAAAAUCACAUAGUGAGCGCCAACCUACAAUGCGAUGCAACUGCGACAAGCUUUGUUGCAGUAGGAUCGCAGACCAAAUCUCAGGCAUAGACAUGUCAAAUCUUUCUGCGAUUUUUGCCAAUUUUUCAGUCACUCAGAUUUGUCCUAGACAAUAUCAUGGCCAAUUUGUUGCACUUGCGCUGCAUAGACAACAUACGCGCAAAUGAAGAGGCGCCAUGAGAUGCAGCACGCUGCAGAGCUGUUGCUGUGUGUACUACGCAAGCCUGCAAUGCGAUUGCAAUGAUAUGCGAUUGGCAACUUUGUUCCAAACGGAUCUUAGUUCAAUCGCAUUGCAUAGUGUAUGCUGGGCUUAAAAAUCGUUAUCUACUUUGUCUAUAAACACCGCUUGUAGACUACAUGGUCAAUGGGUUGAAUGCUGCAUUGCACACACACCGAAUACAAAUCAUCAUUUGAUAUCAAGGAUUGCAAAGAUAAAGAUGGCUAGAGAAGAAGAAUCUUGAGAGGACAGGACCUCCCACUGAAGGGAACUAUGGGUGAUUUCAAGUUUUGUGUUGGACAAUUUUUUUUAUCACUACAGCUCCAAAUAUAGAUGUAAGUUGUUGUAAUGAUUUAAAAAUUUUGUACAGAAUCCAAUAAAAUGACUAUCCAAGUGUCUGUUUUCAUAAAUAAAAAAAUAUGAGCCAAAGGAUUCUGGAAGAUAUUGUGUAAUUGCUGAGAAAUUAGCAAAACAAGAAUUGGAUUUGAGUCAAAUGUUGACUAUUUUUCCAAGCAAUAAUAAUACACUGGCCCACAUGUGCUUAUCUGUGUUGCCGAUCUUAUCAUUUUUAUGCUUAGAUUUCAUGAUUUCACAAAGUUCAGUCUACGUAAAUGCACCAGAUUUAGAUCUAUGAUGAUGUAGUAGUAAAUACCCUUCAGUAACCACAAGGAUUGAAUCAUCUCUUAGCUCAGGUAUUAGGUAUAGGAGCUUGACAAGACACAUCGAAAUAAUCCAAUGGAUUAGUUCAGUACUCACAGGAGGUAGGGCUUAUAUCAAGUAUGGUUGGAACUACCCCUUAUCGACCACCUAAUUUUAUAAGCAUCGUAUCUACAAAAAUAUAUAUCAGUUUUACCUAGUUUUGUCUCAUUAGUGCAGAAAAUUGAGCAGAUCAGAUUCUCAUGUUUCGAUUGGCAACUCCGAUUCACUUCGCGUAAAUAUUGGCGAACAACGAAUACGACGAUUUUACAUUUGCUCAUUUGCACCCUCUUUUGAAACUGACCACCAGCGAUACACUAAGUUAACGGCCGAUUCUUGUCGCGGUGGCGAAAUAUUUUGACUCUUCCAAAUCAGUUCUAUGAUGUCAACAUGCUAAAUGAUCGUCUCACUACUUCCACUGCAACGAUUCAACGAUUGACGACGGAUAUUUGUUCCAAAGCCGUUUCCUAUCGGAUUUCUUGGUGUGAACAACUGUUUUUCGGCAGGGUUCGGGUCUAGUCAAAACAAUUUUGAUAAAUUCUACUAAAUUUUUACCUUUUCCCCCUUUUUUUUCUCUCGUAAAAUUUAUUCUUACCGUUCCUGUGGACACUGCACCUACUCGCGUGUAUCGUUUGUAAUACGCAAUAAUUUUAAUGCGCGCAAGGUGGUCGGUUUCAAACGAGGUGGUCGAUAUGUGGUGGUCUCACUAUACCAAAAUCACGAUGUCAAAGAUGCAAUGUUACAGCACAGUAUUGGUUCCAAAUAAGAAGUCCUUAUGCAAUCAUCAAUUAGUGGGUUAGUGCCACAGGCUUCUCUCGAUAAGAACUAGUUUCCAUGGCGAUGAAGUAAUAUGAGAUGUUUUCAACACUUAUAAAAGGCCUGUACUGAAA